CAUAAAAUUUGAGGGAACAUAUACUUGUGAAGCACCACCACCACUCAUCACUAAUCACAUAAAGCCUCACCUCUCUUUCCUCUUUCUAUUCCUUCCCCCCUUGCCAAGUUGCCAUCACCCCUAGAUUUCCAAAAAUGGCACCGCCACGGCCCCUCACCUCCACCCUAGCUCUCUCCCUCUCCGUCAUCCUCCUCCUCCUCCUCCUCUCCUCCACCUCCCAAGCACACAACAUCACCCGCAUUCUCGCCAAGCACCCCGAGCUCUCCACUUUCAACCACUACCUUACCGUCACCCACCUCGCCGCCGAGAUCAACCGCCGCCAGACCAUCACCGUCCUCGCCAUCGACAAUGCCGCCAUGUCCGCCAUCCUCGCCAAGCACCUAUCCAUUCCAACCCUCAAGAAUGUGCUCUCCCUCCACGUCCUCGUGGAUUACUUCGGUGCCAAGAAGCUCCACCAGCUCACCGGCGGCUCCACCUUGACCGCCAGCAUGUUCCAGUCCACCGGCACGGCGGACGGGACCACCGGGUACGUGAACAUCACCAACCUCAAGGGUGGUAAAGUUGGGUUCGGUACUGAAGAUAACAAUGGGAAGCUCAACUCCUUCUACCAGAAGUCUGUGCAGGAGAUCCCAUACAAUAUCUCUGUGCUCCAAAUCAGUCAGGUCCUAACUUCAGCUGAAGCAGAGGCGCCAACUGCCGGUCCAAGCGACGUGAACCUAACCUCCAUCCUAGCCAAGCAAGGCUGCAAAGCCUUCUCCGACAUGCUGAUCGCAACCGGUGCCGCCGCCACUUUCCAGACAAACGUCGACGGAGGCCUGACAGUCUUCUGCCCCACCGACGCCGUCAUCACUGCCUUCGCCCCCAAGUACAAAAACCUAACGACACCUCAAAAACUGGCGUUGGUUUUGUACCACGGCAUCCCCGUGUACCAGUCCCUCCAGAUGUUGAAGUCCAGCAACGGAGUCAUCAACACUCUGGCCACAGACAAGGCCAACAAGUACGACUUCACGGUGCAAAACGACGGUGAGGAGGUGAGCUUGGAGACCAAGGUCGUGACGGCGAAGGUCACCGGAACCGUGCUGGAUCAGGAUCCUUUAGUGAUCUACAAGGUGGACAAAGUAUUGCAGCCAAAGGAGCUGUUUAAGGUGGUGAAGACUAAGGCGGCUCCGGCUCCUAAGGAGGCCGACGCGCCGUCGGAUGACAAUGCUGACGCGCCGUCAGAGGACGAUGCUGACGCGCCGUCGGAGGAUGAUUCGGCGGAUGCCAAGGCGGAUGAUAAUGCAGUGAGUGGAUUGAUGAAGGGCGGGAGAUUGGUUGUGGUUGGUUUGAGUUUGUGCGUUGGGGUUUUGCUUAUGUGAUUAUUAGAUUGAGAGGUUGAAUUUUCUGGUGGGAGAUUUGAAUUCUUUUUUUCAUUUGGUGCAGACAAUAAUAUUGAAAAAUUGGAAGGUGAGUGUUUUAUUCAAAUUGAAUGUCUUCUUAUAGUUUUUGGGGCUGUUCAUGAUUUGUAUAGUGUCAAUGUACUAAGUUAUCAAAAAGAAAAGAAAAAAGAAAAAGUGUACCAUACUAAAGUUCCAAAAAAAAAAAAAAAAA